GCCCCCUCCCGGGGGAGAGCCGCGGAGCAUUAAUAAAUCUAUAAGCCGAGGAGGAAACUCUGGCUGGGGCAGUGCGCGGAGCUCCGACUGCUCGUGGGGGACGGCGGCCGGAACGGCAGCGCCGGCGCCGGCGGCGGCAGGAGCAGCAAACCGGCAAAAUACAAUAGAGGCAACCACAGAAGGGAGCCGGUGGUCCUCUCCCGUAAACACACUCCCCUCCACCGCCACCUCCCCCAGCACCGCGCGCCGUGCUGCGUGGCGCCCGAAGCCGCUCCGACUGCUAUGUAACCGUGAGACUGCGGGAGGAAGGGGACUGGAGAAAAGAGGUUCGCCCGUGGGAGCCCCGGGGGCCAAGUUUGCACGCACCCUCCUGUAGCCCUCGCCUGCCCCUUCCUCCACGUCGGCUGGCCCGGGUGUCCUUCGCCUCCUCGCGUGCCCAGUAGCCGCAGUUCCCGGCGACCAUGGUGACGGUGGAGGAGCUGCGGGAGAUGGACUGCAGCGUGCUCAAAAGGCUGAUGAACCGGGACGAGAACAGCGGCGGCGCAGGCGGCAGCGGCAGCCACGGCGCCCUGGGGCUGCUGAGCGGCGGCAAGUGCCUGCUGCUGGACUGCAGACCGUUCCUGGCGCACAGCGCGGGCUACAUCCGAGGCUCGGUCAACGUGCGCUGCAACACCAUCGUGCGGCGGCGGGCCAAGGGCUCCGUGAGCCUGGAGCAGAUCCUGCCCGCCGAGGAGGAGGUGCGCGCCCGCCUGCGCUCCGGCCUCUACUCGGCGGUCAUCGUCUACGACGAGCGCAGCCCGCGCGCCGAGAGCCUCCGCGAGGACAGCACCGUGUCUCUGGUAGUUCAAGCGCUGCGUCGCAACGCCGAGCGCACCGACAUCUGCCUGCUCAAAGGUGGCUAUGAGAGGUUUUCCUCCGAAUACCCGGAAUUCUGUUCCAAAACCAAGGCCCUGGCAGCCAUCCCGCCUGCUGUGCCCCCGAGCGCCGCCGAGUCCCUGGACCUGGGAUGCAGCUCCUGUGGGACCCCCCUGCACGACCAGGGGGGUCCCGUGGAGAUCCUUCCCUUCCUCUACCUCGGCAGUGCCUACCAUGCUGCCCGGAGAGACAUGCUAGACGCCCUGGGGAUCACGGCCCUGUUGAACGUCUCCUCCGACUGUCCCAACCACUUUGAAGGACACUAUCAGUACAAGUGCAUCCCGGUGGAAGACAACCACAAGGCCGACAUCAGCUCCUGGUUCAUGGAAGCCAUAGAGUAUAUCGAUGCGGUGAAGGACUGCCGCGGGCGGGUGCUGGUGCACUGCCAGGCGGGCAUCUCGCGCUCCGCCACCAUCUGCCUGGCCUACCUGAUGAUGAAGAAGCGAGUGAGGCUGGAGGAGGCCUUUGAGUUCGUCAAGCAGCGGCGGAGCAUCAUCUCGCCCAACUUCAGCUUCAUGGGGCAGCUGCUGCAGUUCGAGUCGCAGGUGCUGGCCACGUCCUGCGCCGCGGAGGCCGCCAGCCCCUCCGGGCCCCUGCGCGAGCGCGGCAAGGCCACCCCCACGCCCACCUCGCAGUUCGUCUUCAGCUUCCCGGUCUCGGUGGGGGUGCACUCGGCCCCCAGCAGCCUGCCGUACCUGCACAGCCCCAUCACCACCUCCCCCAGCUGUUAGAGCCACUCUGGGGACCCCCAAGCCGGUCAGCUUCCGGCCAGGGGUGGGUGGGCCGUGUGUGGGCAGCCAGUCGGGACUGACCAGCUGGGGGCGGACCACCAAGCUCCUUCCCAUCCAUUGCUCCUUGGCCAGCCACGGGGCCGCUAGAAUGGCAAUAAGGACUUUGACUACAUAUUAAAAGCAAACAAAACACUCCAACUUAGAGCAAUAAUGGCUGCCUCAGUGGGCAGGGAAGCCCUCGGUUUGGUUUAUGUGUCAGUUUUGCUUUUCAGAUAGGAAUUUCUUACCUCAUUUUUGUAAGCAGUAAGGCUUGAAGUUAUGAAACCCACAGAUCCUGGCAAAUGUGCCCACCCGGUUUGAUUUAGGGGAGGGAGAGGGGGAAGGGAAGGGGCCACAGGAAGAAAGCAGGUCUGCCCCAAGUGCCUGGUUCUCUGUGCUUGGUCCUUGUUUGUUGUUGUAGUUAGAGAAAUUUUUUUUUUUAAUCUUUUAGGACCUGGUUUUCCUUUCUAAGUCAACAAGAGGUGAAUAAUUAUGCUUAAUAAUAAAUAAAAAUAUUUAUUAAGAAUUUCCUCGGAGUAUGUAAGUACAAAGAGUCUAGUGACCGUGGAUUUAGAAUAUAUGUUGAUGUCCAUCAGCCGAGCACAAUAGCAUGCAAAUGUCAGAGCAGUUAGGGAGCAAGUGGUUUCUCCUUGGUGGACCAGUUAGCAUGAUGAGCAACCUGCAUUUGUUGCCACUGAGAAGCAGGCCAGGUGGGGUGGGAGGAGGAAGAAAGGAAAGGAAUACAUUUUAAUUACUUUCGAAGCUGGUUCCUGGGCACACAGACCACUGAAGCGAUGUUAAACCGCAAUGCCACCUUUUCUCUCUGAUGAUCAGUAAUUCAAUUUGGUGGUGGGAGCAUUUUUCUCAUAGGCCUGCCUGAGGACUUGUAUAUCAUCAUCUGUGAUAAAUGCCAUAUCAUAUAUGGUGCUCCUGAAAAAUUGGGUGCAACUCAGAUUUUCCUACAGCAAAUCAUUUGGCAAGGCCAUUGGGGAAACCAGCUAACUAGAGACAGACCUGAAAUGGAUCCUUUUGUAAGUGGAAGCACCAUCUUUUCUCUUUUUUUUUUUGUGAGGAAGAUCAGCCCUGAGCUAACAUCCAUGCCAAUCCUCCUCUUUUUGCUGAGGAAGACCGGCCCUGGGCUAACAUCCGUGCCCAUCUUCCUCCACUUUAUAUAGGAUGCCGCCACAGCGUGGCCUGACAAGUGGUGCGUCGGUGCGCGCCCUGGAUCCGAACCCUGGCCGCCAGCAGCAGAGCGCACGCACUUAACCCCUUCGCCAUGGGGCCGGCCCGCCAUCUUUUCUCUUUUGCAUAAAUGGGAGUUUUUAAUUUUAGGGGGUUUACUUGAAGUACACCAACAAAUUCUUAUGUUCUUGAAAUUCCUGGUUUAGGUGAAUAUUUUUAAAGGCCCUCUUUUGAAUAAAAAGAAGGGAGUAGACACCACAUCCCAGGUCUUCUUGAGGU